AGCAUCGCCAGGACUGCCCUUCUUCUAAUCGUCUUUCCCUCUUUUUUUCUAUUAUUUUUCUUGUGCACUGAUUUGUAUAUUUGCUUUGUGUGUUGCAUUGACGAAAAAGAGCGCCACCUUUCGCUUCACUUCGAGACGCUGCCACACUGUACUGUACACACGGACGCUCGUUGUCCUGUUUCGGGCGAACUAUUGCAACGCUUGAACUCGAACGAUCUCGCGCUACGAGCGUUUGGGGACACGCUCCACCGCGCAGCCCGCGCGCCGUGCAUGACGCGGUGGUGGGUGGUCGCAAUUUGAUGACGCAGAGACAAGUUGGCUCCGUUGACGCUCUUUAUUGUCGGGAUGCGGAGGAGCUUCUUCGCGGGAUCGUUUCGUCUUGCCCUUUCUCUUCCACGUUGAUGUCGCAGGGACACGAGUGGGCCUUCGGGGUCCCGUGGCUCCACGAACACCGACCAUGAACAAAGGGUGGCUCGAGCUCGAGAGCGACCCGGGACUCUUCACGCUCCUGGUGGAGGACUUUGGUGUCAAAGGCGUCCAGGUCGAGGAGAUCUAUGACCUGCAGAGCAAAUGUCAAAGCCCGGUUUACGGCUUCAUCUUCCUCUUCAAGUGGAUCGAGGAGCGGCGCUCCAGGAGGAAGGUGUCCACGCAGGUGGACGAGACGUCCGUCAUCGAUGAGGAGAUCGUCAAUGACAUGUUCUUUGCCCACCAGCUCAUUCCCAAUUCGUGCGCUACCCAUGCCCUCCUGAGCGUGCUCCUCAACUGCAGCGGCGUGGAGCUCGGUCCUUCGCUCAGCCGCAUGAAGGCCUUCACUAAGGGCUUCAGUCCAGAGAGUAAAGGGUAUGCAAUUGGAAAUGCUCCUGAACUGGCCAAAGCACACAACAGCCAUGCCAGGCCUGAGCCCAGACACCUGCCGGAGAAGCAGAACGGCAUCAGCGCUGUGAGGACCAUGGAGGCCUUCCACUUUGUCAGCUACGUGCCCAUCAAGGACCGGCUCUUUGAGCUGGAUGGACUGAAGGCCUACCCCAUAGACCAUGGCCCCUGGGCAGAGGAGGAGGAGUGGACAGACAAAGCACGCCGUGUGAUCAUGGAGAGGAUUGGACUCGCCACGGCUGGGGAACCUUAUCAUGAUAUCCGCUUCAACCUGAUGGCUGUGGUCCCUGACCGGAGGAUGAAGUACGAGUCCAAACUGGAAAUACUCAAGAAGAACAGGCAGACAGUGCUGGAAGGCCUUCAGCAGCUGAUCCGGGUGACCCAGCCGGAGUUGGUCCAGGACCGCAAGCAGCAGGAUGUCUCAUCACCGGAGGACAUGUCCACCGUUGUGAAGAAAGAGCUGGACACUGAAUCCAGGACAACAGCCACACCUGAGCAAGCUCCUCCUACAGAUUGCUCAGACACCGCCAGUGUCCGCACUCUACCCCAGGGAGCUCCAGGUAGAGGUAAAGCCCCAGUAAAACAGUCCAUUCCAUCAGGUAAUGCCCCAUCAGUCAGCAGCCCUAAUCCCAUCGUCCAGCGUCUUCCCGCCUUCCUGGAUAACCACAAUUACGCCAAGUCACCAAUGCAGGAGGAGGAGGACCUGGCGGCAGGAGUAAAUCGCUCCAGGCCAUCUAUCCCUCCCAACCCCUCCUACUCUGAUGAUGAAGAUGAUUAUGAGGAUGAAGAGUAUGAUGACUGCGGCAACUCGGACACAUCCAGCAGGUACAGGAGGAAAGUGGGACUUAGAGCUGGGGGCCGAGGCUUGGAGGGACAGUUGGUCCUGAAUGUUUUGGCAGAGAAGCUGACGAAGGAAUCGCAGAGGAAAGAUGUGUCCACACCGCUGUCGGUGCGAACAGAGGGCAGGACCGGGGGCAUCUGCAUCACGGCCCCCUCGCAGCCCUCACCUACACCUAGCAACGAGAGUACAGACACGGCCUCAGAGAUCGGGAGCGCCUUCAACUCGCCGCUGCGCUCUCCGCUGCGCUCGGCUGCGGCCACACGCCCCUCCAGCCCCGUUACCUCCCACCUCUCCAAGGUGCUUUUUGGGGAGGAGGAUGGGUUUCUGCGGGUUGACUGCCUGCGCUACAAUCGGGCUGUGCGGGAACUGGGCGGGACCAUAGGCUCCGCGCUGCUUCACCUCCAGGAGGACGGUGUGCUCUGCACGCUUGGCACCACAGGAGAUGCUCCACUGGAGAACACAAGGCAUGUGGCCACACCAGAACUACAAGAGGAAAUAAAGGAGGAGGAGACGGAGGGCAGGCCUGCAAAAGGUCAAGCAGAAGAUGGCGCUGAGGCCAGAGUGGUUAAGGAGAGAGCUGAUGUGUCAGAGAGCAGUGCCACCAGCAGCAAACUGGUUGGAGAGAAGUACUCUCCCAAGGAGCUGCUGGCUUUACUGAAGUGUGUAGAGUCUGAUAUCGCCAACUCUGAGGUCAGCCUCAAGGAGGAGGUGGAGAAGAGGAAGCGAUACAAGAUUGAUGAUCAGAGACGGACCCAUAACUACGAUGAGUUCAUCUGUACGUUCAUCUCCAUGUUGGCUCAGGAAGGUAUGCUGGCCAGCCUGGUGGAGCAGAACAUCUCUGUACGUCGGCGUCAGGGUGUGAGCAUCGGCCGCCUGCACAAGCAGAGGAAACCAGACAGACGGAAACGUUCCCGUCCGUACAAGGCCAAGCGACAGUGACACAAAAAGCAAGCCGUUGUCCAGUGUUGAUUUUCUUUCGUAGUUUUUCGAGUACAUUUGUUCCAGUUAACUGUUAAUGAUUCUAAUGAAACAUGAGCUGCUCACCGCCAGCAAUGUUGCAUUGAUGUACAGCUAUAUCUGAUUUCUUUCAAACGGUAUGAGCUGACUUUGAGUAUUUUUUGACAUUUCUUUAUGUUGGUGCCAAUUUAUUGUGUGAAUACCAUUAAAUAAUGUGAUAGAUUAAAUGGCUGUUUGUCUUCCGAGUGAAAAUAAUUUUUAGAAAUUGAUCCAUGUUAGAAACAUCAAUGUCCAGUGGCUCUUGAAGUUCAGUAUAAUGUUUCCUUAACUACACUGAGCUGAAUAAUCAACAUAAAAUCACUGGUUGUCGCGAUUCAAGUUCAAGUGUGAAAGUGUGCAGAAGAACAUUGCCAUGGUGAUCGAUGUCUGGAACUGUGGACCGGGACAUUCUUAGCCUUAUGGACCUGUGCACAUCCCCAUGGUGACAAUGUUCCCCUUUUCUCCUGUUUCCAAGGAGUUUCUGAAGUUGACGUUGUUGUUCUUUAAAUACGCGCAGCAUGUCAAGAAAGAGUACCCUCUGAUUAUCAUUUUAUCGUUUCCUCAGUGGGUGGACGUGUGCAGUUCUGUCCCUUUGUGCAUUUUUUCUGUACCCGCUUACAGUGCUAGACUGGCUUGUGGAAUAUAGUCCAACACAAGUGACAUGAGGAGAAAUA